CUUUUUCUUUAAACUCGGUGUUCGUAUAGAAUAGAAUGACGAACCAGAAUGUGGUCUCUCCUAUUGGGAAAUCACAUGUUAACAACACGCUUGUGGAGUUGGCAAUGUCCAUUUCUAACUCCAGUGCUCUACCUAGAGCCGCAGUGCCUGGAUUAAUGGCUUUGCUUAAUGGCCUUUUGGGCCUGCCCCAGAAGAAGCUCGUAAUCAAAACGUUGGAGGAUGGAGCUGGAAAAGGAUCAACCAAAGUUAACCCGUGGAUUGAUUCAAUGAGAGCCUCUUCUCCUACACGAGCCAAAUCCACCUUGCUUUCUUCACAAAACCAAGACCCAAAUCCUUGGACCCUUUACCAUCCUUCGGCACUGAACAUGUUUGAUCAGAUAAUAUAUGAUUCCAGGGGGAAGCAGGUUGUGACUUUUCUUGAUUAUGAUGGAACUCUCUCUCCAAUUGUUGCAGAUCCAGAUAAAGCAUACAUGAGUAAAAAGAUGAGAGCGACAUUAAAGGACAUAGCAAGGCAUUUUGCCACCGCCAUCGUCAGUGGAAGGUCCAUAGACAAGGUAUAUAGCUUUGUUGGAUUGGCAGAACUGUACUAUGCCGGGAGCCAUGGCAUGGACAUUAAGGGACCAACAAAUAAGCGAAGUACUAAGAAAGGUAAUGAAGCAGUGCUCUUGCAACCCGCGAGUGAAUUCCUACCCAUGAUCAAUGAGGUGUACAAUAUCUUGGUGGAGAAAACAAAGUCUGUCCCGGGUGCUAAGGUAGAAAAUAACAAGUUCUGCUUGUCCGUGCACUAUCGCUGUGUUGACGAAAAGAGUUGGGUGGCACUGGCAGAGCAAGUUAACUUGGUGCUGAAUGAGUACCCAAAACUUAAGCUAACCCAAGGGAGAAAAGUGCUUGAGAUUCGACCAAACAUAAAAUGGGACAAGGGCAAGGCUCUUGAAUUCUUGUUGGAGAAGUCACUAGGAUAUGCUAAUUCUAAUAACGUAUUUCCAAUCUAUAUUGGUGAUGAUCGCACUGACGAAGAUGCUUUUAAGGUUUUACGCAGUAGGGGCCAAGGGAUUGGGAUUCUUGUUUCUAAAAUUCCAAAAGAAACCGAUGCUUCCUACACUUUGCAAGAUCCAUCUGAGGUUGGGCAGUUUUUGCGGCAUUUGGUGGAGUGGAAAAGAACCAGUUCUCACCACCACAAGUUGUAGAUUUUAGAUGAGUUCAGGGAAUUGACACCCGCCCAGAAUUUGGUCAAGGGGUGGGUCGAUUUACAUCCCUUUCUUGUUAAAAAUAGGAAAUAGUAUGUUCCAUAAUUUAAAGUUUUAGGGAGGGACAAAGUUCAUAUAGGUUCUCUCUUUUUUCCUUCUUUCUUUCUUUGUUUUUUUUUUUUCAAAUGUAUUCUAUUCCUUCACACGUUUGCAUGCGCAUGGGAUAGUGAAAAGAACUGAUGUUUUAUGCCGCAAUUGCAAAU